ACCUUCCCCUCACAAUGCAUCAUGACCGAACACCCAUCAUCGCCUCCUACAAUUCUACAGGCCACCACCCCCCGAAUCCGUGCCUCCAAGGCUUGUCGGAGAUGUCACGACAAGCGUGUCAAAUGCGACGCCAGUGAACGCGGAACACCAUGCACUCGCUGCGAACAAAGGCGAGAGCCCGAAUGUACACUCAUUCAGUCACGAAGGGGCAUAUACCCUCGCAAAGCACGCCGACAAAUUCAGCGUUCCACUCUCGACAAAUCACACAACACGGCCACCAUUGGAUGUGAUCCAAAUACUGCUCCGACCACAACCACCUCGGCACGGGACACCAAUGCUGCAAGCAAUACGGAACCUCUCCGUAUGCCAGUAGUAGUGCCAGACUCUGCUGAUAUCACCACGCCCAGGACCACAGUAGAACCAGCUGCGAGCAGUCCACAUGCCACUCAUACGAACCAGUCAACUUCAUAUCGUGAGGUCAGCUGGGCAACUACGUUCAAUCACUUGCUAGAAUGUCAUCACAGUGGAGGUGAUGUCUUGAACAAGCAUUCCAUUACUUACAUUGGUGAGGCCUCUCCUCUUGACAUCGUCCUUAAAGAUCUUAGAAGAGGUACUGGGCGUCCUCAGCUUCAUCACCCUGCUCCUCCGUUUGCAAGUGAGGAAGUCGCCGAUUCUCCUCGUGUCUCGCAUCCCGCAGGAAUGCAGCCCGAGGAGAUUGCCUUUCUUGAAGCGAAAGAGGCAUUCACCGCCCCGCCUAACCAAACUAUGGAUGCACUCAUGGAUAUUUUCUUCGAGCGUGUCUUCCCUCUCUACCCAAUCGUCAAUCCACAGGAGCUACUCCGGCAGCACAAGGCACAUCAGAUCCCCUGGAUGUUGCUACACGCUCUCUGCUUUAUCUCUGCCACUUAUUGUCCUAUGCAGAUCCUCCGCCGUGCGGGAUUCGAUAGCAGGCUAGAGGCGCGAUCUUUAUUUCAUGGAAAGACAAAAGCUUUGUUUGACAUCGGCUACGAGGGGAACAAAAUUGUAGCCCUUCAGGUCUGUAUUUUGAUGAGUUUCUGGGGCGGAGGUCCGAGCAACUACUGGAACUUUUACACAUGGAUUUGCACGGGAGUGACUAUAGCCGAAACCUUGGGUUUCCAUAGGUCCAUGGCAGGGGCCAUGAUCGAACCGCAAGACAGAAGUCUGAUCAAGCGUUUGUGGUGGGUCCUAGUCAUAAGAGACGCGACCUGCGCUUCUCUUGUAGGCCGACCCUUCCGGAUCAACCUGGACCACUGUGAUGUUGAUCCAUUGACCGAGGAAGACUUGCGGUAUGACGGGUCCUCGACUGAAUUCCUGCAAAGUCCUCACGUACAGUGUUCUGGCCUCUACCAGAUCCAUGCAACAAGGCUGUCGUUGAUCCUCCGCCACAUCAUCACAACUCGCUUCUAUCCCCGCAAGCAAUUCGCAACAGAAUCCUUGCAGCAGAUGCUGUUAGAUUGGCGAAAUGACCUCCCUGCAGAAUUGAGAUGGUCUGACUUCGCCAGCAAUCACCUCAACGUAUUUGCAUCAACACUUUGCAUCCUAUAUAAUCACAACAUAAUUUUAGCACACGUCAAUGGACCCACGGAUUCUGCCCCAAACGAUCCAGAAGGAGCAACCUCGCACACAUUCUUCGGAGAGGAGGUUGCCAGUGACGCAGCCCAACAAAUUGCGUCUAGUGCUUGUUCCGUCGUCACUGACCCAAACGCCUUACUUCCUCCGCACGAGCUCUUCCACGGCCUCUUCAUCGCAUCGGUAGUCUUCUACAUGCAGACAAAGAGCGACAAUAGAAGCACUGCUAGGCUGGGCAUGUCAGGCCUUACGAAUUGUAAGAUGGCCCUCCACGCUACGCGCGAGACAUGGGACGCAAGUCCGUGGAUAUCGCAACUGUUCGACAAGAUCUUGUGUAUCUCCACGGCCAACCGUCGAACCAAUACAGAAAAUCUAGGCAACGAUACGGAUACGCGGGCGGAGAUUGACCCCAGCAUCGGCUCCCUUGACCUGAACGGGUUUCCGCUUCCAGAGCCCAACGAGUGGCCCAGCCAACUGUUCUUGGGUAAUAUUUUCGACAUCCCAUCGAACUCGACCUUUUCAAUGCCGUAUCCGUUCGCUGCCAUGAUGUAAUGGUUCUUCUUCUGGUUAUCGUAAUGUCACAGUCCUUCGUUUUCUUGGCCACUAUCAAACAUCGUAUCUAUCGUCGAACUAGGGUGUUAAUAAUCUUCGAGACCCCAAAACCCCCACUUCUCCUUAU